GCUAGAAAUGAGAAGAGAGGGGUUGAAGCUCUAGAGAAGCUCAAAGGGUUAAUUGGUUUAGCUAAAGAAAAUUUGGUGUUUCAACAGCUUGAUGUUAUGGAUCCUUCCACUAUUGCUUCUUUGGCUGAAUUCAUUAAGACUCAAUUUGGCAGGCUUGAUAUCUUGGUGAACAAUGCAGGAAUUGGUGGAGUCACUGCAGAUGCUGAUGCCCUUAGAGCUACACAAGAGUCCAGUGGGACAGGAGGAUCUCAAGUCAAUUGGAAUAACAUAUUGAUUCAGACAUAUGAAUUAGCAGAGGAAUGUCUUGAAACAAACUACUAUGGUGUGAAGAGAAUGACUGAAGCGUUUAUUCCACUGCUCCAAUUAUCUAACUCGCCGAGGAUUGUGAAUGUUUCUUCCUCUAUGGGA